AUGCCUCCCAAGAAAGUCACUGGUGCCGCCGCGCAGGCCAAGGAAGCGAAGGAGAAGAAGCCCGCCGCCGCCCCCUCCCAUGGCAAAUACAAAGAUAUGAUCAAGGAGGCCAUCCUCAACCUCAAGGAACGCAACGGAAGCAGCCGACAAGCCAUCAAAAAAUAUGUCAAGGCAAACAACAACAUCACAGUUCCGUCUGAGGCCCAGUUCGAUUCCUUGUUCAACAGGGCGCUGAGGACUGGUGUCGAGACUGGUGACUUCUCACAGCCGAAGGGCCCUUCUGGUCCUGUCAAGCUAGCGAAGAAGGAAGCUAAGCCGGCCGAGAAGAAGCCCGCUGUCGCUAAGAAGGAGAAGGCUCCCAAGAAGGAGGAGACCAAGGAAGCCAAACCAAAGGCCACCAAGACCAAGACCGUCGCCAAGCCCAAGGCUGCUGCUCCCAAGACAAAGAAGGCCACCACACCCAAGAAGACCACCGCAGCCGCCACGAAGCCCAAGGCCAACACUGCCACCAAGAGAGCGCCGAAAGCCAAGGCAAAGACUGAGGCUCCCGCACCUGCUGUUCAGGAUGCUCCUACUGUCCUGAAGAAGACCAAGUCGGGACGCGUCAGCAAGCAAAAGACCACCACAGGCGCCACCAAAGCCGCACCUAAGAAGACAGCAACAAAGAAGGCCACACCCAAGAAGUCGGCGACGCCCAAGAAAGCUGAGGCCUCUGCAGAUGCAUGA